GAUGUAGGAUUUCCACCUUUCGAAAUCGAUGUUCAAGCAUUUUGUGAACAGCAGUGCGAGCAGCAUGAUGGGGGAUAUUUCGCGUAUCCUGGUGAUUGUUGCCAAUUCAUUGUAUGUAGUAGGUUACCAGCCAGCAGGGGGAGAGGUAGAAUCAUCUCUAACGUGAUGCGAUGUAUGUUUCCGCUUGUAUGGAACUCUGCUUCAGCCACUUGCGAUUUAGAGAAACGCAAUCCACUGUGUACAUCAGAAUGUCACUUUGGAAUCGUUACUCCUACGACGUUCACGUUUCCCCCACUUGAAGAAAAUGAGUGCAUCAAAGGGGACCGUAUCUACACGAAAAAUGAUAAUAAUUGCUUCUUUGUGAACAGGGUUCAAAGUUCAAUUUGUUGUGGAAGUGAAGGUCGUUUUGAUUUAGAGGAAUGCGGAUGCAUUGAACACCAUAGACUACCGACAUGCGACUGCAUUUUCUGCUUGGCGUUUGAAAGGGGUGAAAUCAUUGACGUCAUCAACACUCUGUAUUUAAACAUUACCGGAGUCCACAUCGAGGAAUUCCCUUUGUCGGCCGAUCGACACAAAGGCUGUUUCAGUGGUAUCGGGAGCUCCAUCAAAAUACCCCACUUCAAUAACAUGAUAUACGGCCCCAUAUUUUCCAUUGCUUUCUUCUUCGAAAUUCCCGAAAGAUUCGAAGACAGCCAGGGUGUUGUAAAUAUCCCUAAACAAGGACUAGUCAGUAAUGGAUGUUGCGGAGGCAAUGGUACAAUAGAAUUUUGGAUUGAGGGCCAGAAAGGAUAUUUAAAUCUGAUUACUGAGAAGGCUGAGCUGAGGAACUACCAAUUCGAUCCCUAUGAGGAUCCUUUAGUUCCUGGGCAAUUGAUUGACAUCACAAUGGUCUACUGUGACCCUGUACUGAAAAUACAAUAUCUUGGUGAGCCCCACGAUCCCAUCACGAUGGGAGGUGACAUCAUUCCUACUAAUUGCCCACUAACAGUUGGAAAUCUGAAUGACGUUGCGGGAACUGAAUUUCCAGGUUGCGUUGAAAAUGUGAUCGCUUGCAGAGAUUGUUGGUCCGAUCCUCAGGUGUUUGCUCUGCAACAAUAUGACAAACUAGUUGUUCUUUGCGAACCAUAACCAUUUUGGGAUUUUACAGAAUAAAAUAGCCUUACAUAGAUAUACCGAGGACCAUACCCAUUAAUUGAUAUUUUAGCUAUAGCUAUAGGAUCAAUCAUAUCAGAAUCCAUUUUACGGAAUUAAGCUCGAAGAAGACCACACCAAUAAAUGAAUAUUUCACUAAAAAGCAAACCCCCUCAUGUGAUAACACGCAUAGAUUGAAAGCUAACUGAAUAUAAGCCAUGCAAAUUAGCCAUACACAUUGAUGGAUUUUUGACCAAAUAGAAAAGCCCACAUAGCUAAAGUAUCAUUACCAAAGAUGGAUAGUUUAUUAAAUAGAGAAGCCUGCAUAGCUAAAGUAUCGUAACCAUAGAUGGAUAUUUUACCAAAUAGAAAAGCCCACAUGGCUAAAGUAUCAUUACCAAAGAUGGAUA